CCCCCCUUCUGCGCAGAUUGAAGUUAGGAAUGGCAAACGUUUUGAGACAGCUAGCUUCCUGCUCACUUAUGACGAGGUCCAUGACAUCCGCCGCGUGUUCUUUACCAAUCACCCAUGACAGGAAGGAGCGUGAAUUCUACAUAAAAAUAGGUGAGGACAAAGCCGUGCUGCAGUAUGAAGAAAUAGAACCCGGCUUGCUGAACCUCCUCCAUACUGAAGUUCCGUCGGCCUUCCGAGGACGAGGCGUCGGGGCCUUAUUGGCGAAGGAAGCAUUUGACUUCGUCGCCGAUCAUGAGCUGAAGACUCGAGUGUCCUGCACCUAUCUCAUCGCUUAUCUGAAGAAAGAUGCGGGCAGACCUUAUCUUAAAUUCGUUACCAAUCCAUAGCCUAAGCGGAACUUGUUUUAGAGCAAGAUCUCCGAGCUCUGUCUGUACUUCACGCUUGCACUUGAGUCUCCGAGAACUAAAAAUCCCUUGCC